AAACAGGAAUGUUUCAGGUGCUCAAGAGCCUGUUCAGACUUCGGAUUUCGAGGAUGGUCAAUUAUAAGACUUUUAUGAGAGUAUAGACUUUGUUUAGUUGUUAAAAAGAAGUAAGACGAAAUCGUAGUUUACAAAAUUUUCCUUCUUCGACUCAGCCCAAUACCUUUCCCCUCAGCAUUUACUACUGUCGCCUAUAAAAAGAACUCUUCCCUUGUGGGUUCAUUUUAUUGAAGAUAUGGCAAUAAUGCUUUCGUCAACAUUAGUUCUUCUGUUCGUCGCUGCCAUUUUCAGGAUAAUUUCUCAAGCCGUUGCACAGCCAGCCUUCCUAUACCAUUCCUGUUUAUACGACGACAGGGAUAACUACAUUUCUAAUAGUACAUAUGAGGCAAACCUCAAUCACCUCCUCCACUCCAUAUCCAACACCAGUACCGAAAUUAUCAACAACGGAUUCUACAACUCCUCUUAUGGCCAGAACAUCAACGAAGUACACGCAAUUGGACUCUGUAGAGGAGAUGUUCAACUGGAUGUUUGCCGUGGUUGCCUCUACAAUGCUAGUUACCUUCUCCCUGAGCUCUGUCCCGAUCAUAAGGAGGCAAUUGGGUGGUACGACCACUGUAUGCUACGCUACUCAAAUCGCUCGAUUUUGGGUGGCAUAGAAACCAGCCCCAAUUUCACCAUGUGGGGCAUCAAUAACGUAUCGGCUAACUAUGCGGAUCAGUUCUUUGACGUUGUUAGGAGCUUGCUGGAAAGGCUAAUUAGAAGUCGAGCUGCCGCACGCUAUUCUCUUCGUAAGUUUGCAUCAGGGAAUGCAACCGUAUCAAACUUCAAAACCAUAUAUGCACUCGUGCAAUGCACGCCUGAUUUAUCUGAACAAGAAUGCAACGAUUGCUUGCUUGGGGCAUCUGAAGGUAUUCCACGAUGUUGUGAUGGGAAGGAAGGUGGGAGAAUCGCUAGACCCAGCUGUGAUAUCAGGUUUGAGGUCUACCCGUUCUAUAACUCAACAAUUCAUUCGCCACCCCCUUAUCAUUCGCCACCCACGCCACCCCCUUAUCAUCCGCCAACCCGAAGUUAUUAUCCCAGGCAACGCCCUUAUCAUCCGCCAACCCCAACUGAUCCUCACAGGUCGCCUAUUAGAAAAGGGAACCUGAACUUUAUUGUAGUUUUGGCAUCUAUUACUUUUCUGGGACUAAUCUCGUCCAUCGCGGGCAUCUAUAUAAGGGCGAAGCGGGGAAGGAAUAAAGUUGAAAAUGAGAUAAUUGGAUCCAUACCAUUCGACUUUGACAAUAUUAAAGUUGCCACGAACAACUUCUCCGAAGCAAAUAAACUCCGUGAAAGUGAAUUUGGUAAUGUUUAUAAGGGUAGGUUCUCUGAUAAAGUCAUUACUGUAAAAAGGCUGUCAAUGGGUUAUGGACAACAAGGGGUAGAAUUUGAGGAUAAGGUCCUUUCGCUGACUAGACUUCAACACCCUAAUAUUGUUCAGCUCCUAGGCUGUUCCGUCAAAGGAAAUGAAAGACUUCUAAUAUAUGAUUUUGUUCCAAAUACAAGCCUUGAUCACUACCUGUCUGAUCCGCUCAAGCUUGCAACUUUGGAUUGGGAAAUGCGCUACAAAAUCAUAAGAGGCAUUGCACAAGGGGUUCUUUACCUUCAUGAAAAAUAUAACCUAUGUUUGAAUCAUGGUCUUAAAGCUAGUAACAUAUUUCUGGACGAAGAAAUGAAUCCAAAGAUUUCAGAUUUUUGCUUGAAAAGUUUGCAUUCAUUGGAUCAAGUUCCCGAGAAUACAAGUAGAAUUGGGAGGACCAACGGAGCUCCAGAUGUGAUGCACAUGCCGUUGAUCUCAAUGAAGUCCGAUGUCUUUAACUUCGGUGUAUUAGUCUUGGAGAUAGUGUGCGGGCAGAAGAACAAUUGCUUUCGAAACGAGGGGAAUGCGGACAAUCUUUUGAGCUGUGCUUGGAAAAACUUCACUGAAGGAACUGCUUCAGAAAUUAUAGAUCCCACAAUAUUGAUGCCAGAUGGCUCAACAUCUGAAAUAAUGAACUGCAUCCUCGCUGCCUUACUCUGUGCUGAAGCAAAUGAAGCUGAUAGACCAACCAUGGCUUCAGUUGUUACCAUGCUCGACGGUUUUGACAAACAUGGAAGCAUUGAAAUCGAAAUCCCUUUAUUUGAGGAUGAUCAUAAAGUGUUAGGUAGGAGAACUUUCCGUCAGAGCGUCCGGAGAUUGUUUUGGAAGCAAAAAAGCUUUCGAGUCCUACAAUCAUAGUAGACAACGCUGAUCUGAGCUUAUUUCAAAAAAAAAAAAAACGCUGAUCUGAGCCACCAUAUAUAGGCAUCGGACGCAUUCUGAACUUUUGAAUUCUCCCAAUUAUUCCACCAUAUAGAGCGUCAGGUAGGAUGAAUACUUGUCACAAUACUAUUGACUUCAAUUUCUUUGGAGUUGAACAGAGAUGGCAAUGGACAUUCCAGUAAUGGAAUUGCCCAGGAUAUGUAGGAUUUUUUACUUGGUGAGCCAGAUUAUGGAGCUCUAUCUCUGAUGAACGGCUGAUAGAGGGGAUCUUUAGGAAAAGAUAUGCCAUUCAGAACAGGUGAUAGGCAAGCGGGUAAAUGGGCAUAUGUUUCCGACGUGAAAGCGAAGCCGCGGAAGGUCUGGGAAAAUAUCGUCCCACUACGUGUACAGGGCAGGGCCCUCGAGCCUUGUUUCUUGGGUCUGGUUCGUCUUAAAACCAAGGUCCAAGUUUGUUUAGUGGCAGACGUGUUUUGCAUUGCAGACCAAUUAUACCAUUUGCAUUGACCUGAUAUACUAUUUUAUCAGGUUAGGAUUGAGUUCCUCUCUCUCUGUGACUCGGGUGGAGAUCCCUUGAAAUUGGCUAGUUAGAUUGUAUUGCAAUUUGGACAACCAAUGUGAAAAGAGCAUGAGAGCCCCUUUGCCUUAUGUAGGUGCAACCUCUGCUCUGGGCCAUUUUUAGUGAGAUAGCAUGCCCCUUUCACAUUGAUGGUUCGAAUUUUUGUGCAAUUCAAGCAGUCAAUUAUGGAGAAUAUGAAUCCCUCUCUCUCUUGAUAGAUAUUGUCUCCUGUAUUCUGCUACAAUCAUUACGAGGCAUGUGAUAAUACAAUUGAGAAAUUUCAUGA